UCUGAAUACUAUUUUGCCCAGGUUUUGCUUGUAAUGGACACCAGAACACAGCAGACUUUCAUACUGAAGGGUCUAAGGAAAAGUAGUGAGUACAGCAGGAGCAGAACGACCAUCAUCCCCCGCUGUGUGCCCAACAUGGUGUGUCUGCACAAGUACAUCAUCUCCGAGGAGUCUGUCUUUCUCGUGUUACAGCAUGCAGAAGGAGGAAAACUGUGGUCUUAUGUCAGUAAGUUCUUAAACAGAAGUCCUGAGGAGAGCUUUGAAAUUCCUGAAGCCAGAACAUCCAGUUCAACUAAAAUUUACCUGGAGCAGCCAACUCCAAGUCCUAAAGAAAUUGGUAGCAGCACUGAUUCCAGAGAGAGCUACGGGGAGAGCGCGCUGAAGGUUGUCCCGCUGAAGAGCAGCCUAACGCCGAGCUCUCAGGAUGACAGCAGCAACCAGGAAGAUGGCCAAGAGAGUUCAAAGUGGAUGGACUCGGGAUCCAGCUCGGAAGAAGAGUGCACGACUAGUUAUUUGACGUUAUGCAAUGAAUAUGGGCAAGAAAAAAUUGAUUCUAGCUCUCUAAACGAGGAACCCGUGGUUAAACUGGGAAACGAAGGUCUGAAUACCAAAGAGAGAAGUUGCUUAGAGAAAUGCAGCGUUGUCGGCAGCGAUAGCUUCACUUCUCAGAUCGCGUCUCAGGAACGAAAGCUUUUCGUUGACGAUGUGGAUUUGGAAAUAGCUAGCCCUACUAGGAUAUUGGACUCGUUAAAUAAAUCAAAGAAGAGCCCCAUGGAACUUUUCAGGAUAGACAGCAAAGAUAGCACUAGUGAGCUCCUGGGGCUUGAUUUUGGGGAAAAAUUAUAUAACCUGAAAUCGGAACCUUUGAAGCCGUUGUUUUCUGUCCCAGAUCAUGACAGAAGCUUGGAUGCACUAGAGAACAAAAUGGGUGUGAGAGCUCAUGACACUAUAAGCAGGGGUUCAAAUGACUCUGUGCCUGUUAUCUCCUUUAAGGAUGCUGCUUUUGAUGAUGUAAAUAGUGUUGAUGAAGGAAGGCCUGAUCUCCUAAUAAACUUACCCGGUAUGUCUGAUGAAAUGGAGGAGGCAGCAGUGUCAAGGCCAACAAAGUUUACGAAACCCGAUAGGGACAUGUUGGAAAUAAAGUUACUAGAAACACCUGAUGUCUUACAGCUGAAUAAUUCUGCAGAGCCGUGCAAAGUAUUUGAUCAAGAGCCAAAUCAUGUGGCACCAGAAGUGGGUGAUCCUUCCUGCAAGGAAGCAAAUGGGCAAAGUGGUGUCACUCAGGGGACUCUUGGGGCCCUCUUUACAUCUGGCCGAGAGGUAGGUAGUUCAGAAGACGGGGCUCUGUUUCAAGGGCUUGGAGCCUACUCCCUAAACGUGACAAGCGAAGAAGAAAGUUUAUUUGUUUCCAACCCGCUCUCAGGUGCUCAAGAUGUUAGCGUGGACGGAGACAUGCUAAGAAAUGAAGCAGUGUUGCUGUUUUCUGAUCAGACUGAAGGCUUUGGGAAAGAGGAAACAGACUCGGCUUUGUUACCAGCAGCUGAAAGUGAAAAGGCAGCACCAAAGAGGGAAGACAAAACAGCAGUAGCAGGGGAGAAGGAAAUACAUCAAAUUUUUCAGGACCUCGACGAAAGAUUAGCGAUAACCUCCAGGUUUUAUAUCCCAGAGGAUUGCAUUCAAAGAUGGGCAGCUGAAAUGGUUGUAGCCCUUGAUGCUUUACAUAGAGAAGGAAUUGUGUGCCGCGAUUUGAACCCAAACAACAUCUUAUUGAAUGAUAGAGGACACAUUCAGCUAACGUAUUUUAGCAGGUGGAGGGAGGUUGAAGAUUCCUGUGACAACGAUGCCAGAGAGAGAAUGUACUGUGCCCCAGAGGUUGGCGCUAUCCUAGAAGAGACAGAAGCCUGUGACUGGUGGAGCCUGGGUGCCAUUCUGUUUGAACUCCUCACCGGGAAGACUCUGGUUGAGUGCCAUCCAUCAGGAAUAAGCACUCACACUUCUUUGAGUAUACCAGACCAUGUAUCAAAGGAGGCCAGAUCACUGAUCCAGCAGCUUUUGCAGUUUAAUCCUGCGGAACGUCUUGGUGCUGGUGUUGCUGGUGUUGAAGACAUCAAAUCUCAUCCAUUUUUUGCCCUUAUAGAAUGGGCAGAUCUGCUGAGAUGAGAGUCGCGUGCCCUCUGAACAAACUCAGGUCAAGAGGACAAGUUUCUCUGGCGCAGAAGCACCCCGCCUUGCUUCCUUUGGAUGUCCCAAACCACUCGGAUGCAAUGACUAAAGGACGCAGGAGCGAUCAGGCUAAAAGGGAACACUUUUAACGGGAGUCACUGGCUGUGCAGGGUGCUAGCUCGUUUUUACAGCAACUGGUUGCUGCAUGUGUCUUUUCACCAAAGGGUGGUUUGUGAUGAAACUCUUGGGCAGCACACUUUGUGCUGCCAGCUUGUCGACCAAGUAGAAACAGGAAUGUUCUCCUGGUGCUUUGUCUGAUGAUGGAAGUGUCUCUGGACUGGGCCAGUUUGAAGUGUCUUUUAUGGUGCCAAUACACCAUUUCCCUGUGCUAAGUGCAGCUCGGGG